AUGGGCAAUGCCGCCACGUCUAAAAGGGGCGAACCAGCCGAUGUUAAAGCGUUUUUGGACGAUGCUAAGAAAGACUUCCUCGAAAAGUGGGAAAAGCCAUCGCAGAAUACCGCAUGCCUUGAUGACUUCGAUCGGCUGAAGACUUUGGGGACGGGCUCUUUCGGUAGAGUGAUGCUUGUGCAACAUAAAGGCAAGAAAGAUUACUAUGCAAUGAAAAUUCUGGACAAGCAGAAGGUUGUAAAACUCAAACAAGUCGAACAUACGCUGAAUGAAAAGCGGAUAUUGCAAGCCAUUUCUUUUCCAUUCCUAGUAAAACUGGAGUAUCAUUUCAAGGAUAACAGCAACCUCUAUAUGGUACUUGAAUUUGUAAAUGGCGGUGAAAUGUUCUCACACCUUCGAAAAAUCGGCCGAUUCAGUGAACACCAUGCGCGUUUCUACGCGAGUCAAGUAGUACUUGCAUUUGAAUAUCUGCAUCACCUUGAGCUGGUUUAUCGCGACUUAAAACCAGAGAACAUCCUCAUUGACCAGCAAGGUUACCUGAAGAUAACAGACUUUGGAUUUGCAAAGCGUGUCAAAGGACGUACUUGGACUCUUUGCGGCACUCCCGAGUACCUAGCGCCGGAGAUUAUUCUGAGCAAGCCCAUCUGA